AUGCCUCCGAAUUCAGUGUUUGAAUGGGUCGUCGGUCAAAAUCUCCCCAGGAAGAAGAAGGCGAAGCCUUCUGGGCGAGAAGUUGUCAAGAUCGAAGUGACGACCGACGAUGAGACCGAUACCGAGUCCAUCACUGUCACCUACCCACGCAACAGCAAGUCCUCGAGGAGGCGCAACAAGCAUAGAAAGCCCUCUUCGGUCCCCUCGACGUCGGAGGAAAAGAAGAAAGUUACAUUCGAGAAAAAGCCGCUCAAAUCUGCCCUGAAGAAGCGUCAGGACGCAUCCUCCUCCGAGGCGUCCUCUGGCGCUUCGUCAGAAGCUUCUUCGUCAGAGGCAUCGUCGAAUGAAUCCAGCGCCGAACAGAGCAGCGAAGAAAAGCUGCCGACAAGAUCUAAAAAGGCGAGGGACGCACAGAAUGCGGGACCUUCGAGCCGCGAGGCGAGAAGCGGCAAUGGCAGCUCCCAGAAAGACAAGCACAAGCAUCAGAACUGCGUCUGCUCCUGUUGCGUGACAGGACUGCUGCUGCUGGCCAAGAUGGAGGAGAUCACCAAGAACGGGAAGAGCAAUGAGGUGACCGGGAACGUUGGAGACAAGGCAGGUCAGAAGAAUCAUGCUACCUCUGUCGAAGACACAGCCACAGCAUCCGAACCGGAACCGCCGAAGAGGAAGAAGAAAACUAAACAACAAACGGUCGCCGUGUCGUCGAAAACAGAGGCGACCAGUGAGACAGAAUCCGAGUCCGAGCCGCCCAAGAAGGGCAAGCAGAGCGGCAAAAAGACGGAGAAUGAGAAAAAAGAGAAACAACGCAGUGAUGAGGCAGCAGGGACGAAGAAUGGCAAUCAGGCAAAGGAAGGGGGCAAAGCCAGCGGAAGCAAAGAAGCGGCGGGGAGAAAAACUCGAGAGGGUCCCGCAGAUGAGAACAUAGCGGGGGACAGGGACAACGGGUCCAAGAAGGGCGGCACCGUGUACGAGAAGAAGGCGGAUGCAGCCCAUCCGCACCUCAUCAUGCCAGUCCGCGAGCGCAGCAUCCAGAUGGAACAUGUGGUUGAAGAUCCCGCCCGGGAUGCGCCUCCCAACGCCUACUUCGACAACGACAAGAACGUCUGUCGUGUCUACCACGGCCCCUACUGGGGCUACCCUUACGGCCAGCCGUAUCUCCGGGGUGGUCUCAACCCGCAGUUCCCAGCCCCGGCUUGGCUUCCUGUGCCUGAUAUACAGGCGGUGCCAGGCCACCGGGACAAUGGGGCGCAGAUCCCCUCCGGCUUUCCUCCGCCUCCCCAGCAGCCGGCACAUACAGUGCCAUACCCAACCUGGGGACAGCCCUACGGCCAGUUCCCGCCGGCGCCUCCGUACGGCAGCACGCAGCAGCGCCCAGUCGGCGUCUCGGGCAUUCCGGGCAGCCCGCUCACCGCCGAGGCCCUGAAGCGGCAUGGGUUCGACCUCAAUCCGCUGUUUGGCAACCUGAAGCCCGGACACGGUGAGAAGCACGAGAGCCGCGGUUCCAAGUCGCGCGAGCGGCACAAGACGCUGCAUGACGAGUACAAGUCGGCCAAAGGCAGCGGCGUGCAGUGGAACACACCGCCGACUACCUGGGUCAAGCUGCCGAGCAACAAGAGCAAGAACGGAUCCCACUCCGGAAGACAGAACAACGAUGGCACUGGGGGAACAACAAUAACAACAACGGCAACAACGGCUGGGGCAAUACCAACGACGACGACAACAACAACAACAACAACAACAACAACACCCCCAAGCCCUCGCCGGAGCCCUUCCGCCCCGACCCCGUCUCCAGCAUGCCGGGCAGCUGGUCGCCGCCCGGCGGCAAGGCCAACAUCGAGUGGAAGGGCGGGGACGGCGGCGAUAACAACAAGGCGGCGAGCUGGAUGGACCGGACCGCUGCGCAGGCGGCGGAUACCUGGUAGAUAG